UUAGAAACAGUUGAACGUUUGCGCACAACCCAACGUUGUUGUUUUAUUUCACCGGUUGAAAAAAAUGGGGGAAAAGAGAAAUUUUAUUUUCAAAACUGAAUAAACAUUUUCACGAUUAAAACCGAAUUAAAAAAUCAAUUUAAAUAAAACGAAUUUUCGUUUAGGAUUUAUCGAUAAAAUAUAAUACGAGAUAAGAGAGAGAGACCAGUGUAAAAAUAACAAUAAUUAUAUUGUCUGCCACUUUGUUACAUUGUACAAAUGAUGUCACUGAAAGGAUGACCGCGUGGGUGUCUCGCGAAUUGUUUCAAUGGUUCACAAAGGGUUUGAAUUCUCGAUAGAAUAAUAACUUUCUAUACAAAAAAAAAACCUAAUAAAAAAAAAAUAGGAAAUAAAUAAAAAAAUAAACAAAUCAUUCGAUCGAUUGAUUUGGGGGAGAGGGAGGGGGUUGGAAGAGAAUACUAAUAGUAGUAACACAAAGUGUUAUAUUUCUUUCUCAAAUCGAUAAUUCGAAUUGGCAGUAACGGAGCGAUAUAAGGGGGUCCCGUUGAAUCCUAAAAAUAUCACGGAACGCGUUGCAACGGGUAAGAUUCGAUAGAUUUUAGAAUCAAUCAACCGAUCCCCCUUUACUCUUCACGGUUUUUCUCGUACCCUCCUCCUACUCUUCGUUCUUCUUCUCUACCCUUACCACCCUACGUCCCCUCUCUUGUCCAUUACCACCCACCGGUAACCCACUCCUUGUUCUUAUCCUUCUCUCUCAAUUCUCUGUCAUAUCCACUCGAGAGUGACACGGUAGAGUUCGCUCGAGGAGGAAUACCCACCACCAGCACCACCACCACCACCACCACCACCACCCUUGCCUGAUUCUCAUCUCCUAACCGGUCUCCUCUCACCACCCUUUGCCCUAACACUCGCCCUCACGCGGCCGGCCGUGUGCGAGGUGGCGGUGUGCAAUCGUUUUGCUAUACCAACGAGAAUUUCGCGAUAUCGACGAGGACGAGAACGACGAGGAACGAAAAGAGCUGAACAACGAUCAACGAUCAACGACGACGAUAAAAACGUCGUUGUAUAAUAUUUCUAAGUGACAACACAACAACAUGUGUGACAUCGUUAAUCAAAACGAGAGAAUGAAGUAUCGGCACGGUCGUGCAUCGAUACAUCGAAGAAAAUGGCCCUUGCGGUUGGCACUGUUUCUUGUCUAUGUUCUCGUGCAAUUUGUGGCCUCUUCGAAGUUACCAAUCGCACACACACCCUCCUCCUACUCGUCCUCGACAGAGUACGAGGAAAGUUCAACGUUGGAAUCGACAGUGUCUUCGUAUUAUCCAACAUCGACCGAAUCCGAGUUAACAUCCUCGAUGAUGCAAACGUCGAUACCAGGGUCAAUUUCCGUUGAACAUCCAUCGAAGAAUACGAAGGAAGAGAAGAGUCAUACUACCAAGGAAAAAAAUAAGAAUGAAAAAAAUAAUGAUAAGACAAAUACGAAUAAAUCGAGGAUUCGUGAACAAACGAAGGAAGAACCUAAAGAAAAAGAAACAGAUAAAGCAACUAAAGUUGCUGCUGCUGCGGCAGCAGGUGCAGCAGCAGCGGGUGCAGCUGCAGUUGUAACCAAAACAACUCCUAACAAUACCGUCACUACUCCCACGAUACCAACAACAACUCCCAAAUACGUUCAUCCAACAUGGAGACCAAGAAGAGAAAAUUGUUCGCCACCCGCUAUCGAACAAUUCCCACGUCCUUUGAUGGGUCCCGAAGGCAGAAAACAUGGUGGUCUUAUCAUACACAUUCUCGUCGCUGCUUACACAUUUCUAGGCUUGGCAAUCGUCUGCGAUGAUUAUUUUGUUUCCAGCCUUGACAGAAUUUGCGAAGAGUUAAGGUUAUCGCCGGAUGUAGCAGGAGCAACCUUCAUGGCUGCUGGAUCUUCAGCACCAGAGUUAGCUACAGUCGUCAUUGGUGUAUUCUUUGCUAAAGAUGACAUUGGAGUAAGUGGAGUUAUCGGUAGUGCCGUUUUCAAUAUAAUGUUCGUUAUUUCUAUAUGCGGUCUCUGUACAACGACUGUUUCCAAAUUGAACUGGUGGCCACUAGUUCGAGAUUGUUUCUUCUAUGCUGUCUCUAUUCUCGUGAUGCUUGGUACGAUCUACAAUGAAACUAUAUCUUGGAUGGAGUCGCUGUUUAUGUUAAUUAUGUAUGCAGUAUAUUGCAUAGCACUUUCGUUUAAUGAAAAACUUGAGCGAUGGGCAAAGUCGUACAAUAUUCCUUUCUUACCCAAGGACGACGAACCAGCUGAAGAAAGUGCAUUGGUCAGUUACAGAUCUUUACAAGAAGAUCGAUUAUCUUAUACUGGUCCUAAUUCACCUGUAACUGAACAAGCUGCUCAGAUAAAGAAUCAAGAAGGAAAUGGUGUUCAAGAAGUCGGUGAACAACCACCAGCUCCAAAACCAGCGCCCCAAUAUUACAAAGCAAAAGAACCUGAUCCAAACGAAGUGUCACCACUUGUAAUGCCUACAGAUGGAAAUAAAUGGAAACUUUUCACAUGGGGUCUAGUGUAUCCUAUCCAUUUUAUGUGUCGAGCCACUAUGCCUGAUUGUAGGCAAGAAAGGUUUCGAAGUUGGUAUCCUUUUACCUUUUGCAUUUCCAUGAUAUGGAUAAGUUUCUACAGUUACAUCAUGGUCUGGAUGAUCACUAUUAUAGGUAGUACACUUGGUAUUCCUGACACUGUGAUGGGUUUGACUUUCGUCGCAGCUGGAGUUAGCGUACCAGACGCUCUUUCUUCUUUAGCUGUUAUAAAAGAAGGUCUUGGUGAUAUGGCUGUGAGCAAUGCAGUUGGUAGCAACGUAUUUGAUAUUCUUGUAUGUUUGGGUCUACCAUGGUUCAUACAAACAGCGAUGAUCCAGCCAGGUUCUCACGUUAACGUUACAAGCAGGGGACUGACAUAUUCAACUGUCUCGUUACUUUCUACGGUAAUAUUUUUGGUUGUCGCGACACAUAUGAAUGGAUGGAAAUUAGAUCGACGAUAUGGUGUAGUAUUGAUGGCAUGGUACUUAAUCUUCAUCAUUUUCGCAUCAUUGUACGAACUAAACGUCUUCGGAGAAAUGAAUCCUCCAGUAUGUCCUAGCAAGUUUUAAAC